CGGAGGAUCGACAACUCCAUUGUCUACAAAAAUAUCUGAAAUGAACACAGAUGAAUUAAAGUCCUUAUGUUUAAGUAUGGUGGAACGACAGCCUGGUUUAGUGUUCAAUGUGAUGAAGGAGAUAGAUAACAAUGGAGACAGUCAAAGGACUACUAGAGACGACGUACCAUCCUGGUGUGUAUGCCAGUACUGCCAAGAAAUGCCCACAGAGGCCGAAAGACAGUGCUGCGGAUAUACACCAAAUGGUUGUGUGACAAAAUGGCCAGAAAUGCAAUUGUAUUGUCUGGACAAUGGUGUAUUGUCACUUUGUCGAGGAUACAGGCGAUCUGUAUUUGGGUUAACUAUUGCUGGAGAGGAUAGAGAUGAAAUUGAUGAUCCAAAUAAAUCCUGGCGGCAUGCAGCAUAUAGGCAGUUUAUUCUUUGGCGGCAUGGAAAGAUUGGGAGAGACGACAGAAGGGUGAUUCCCAGUUGUUGUGUGUGGGAAAUUAGGAAAAAAUUUCCCAAUCCACAUGGACAGUAUGUUGGUUUUUUAGCCAGCAGGCUACGUUAACAUUUACAUUCAUGAUUGUAUUGUUGCACUGCACAAUAUUCCUCUGCACCUAGUUACCAAUAAAAUAUAGUU